UUGGCCUUCUUUAAGUCGUUGAUUGAAAUGGCCAUGCUCUCCGCGCAUUGUGUUCUUCCCCGCCAUGUUAUAGUCCAAAGCCAACGCUCAUUUUCUAUCGUUUCCACUACGCCAAACACAUCACAUGCCCAGAUCAAUUUGGUACUGGGUACUUAUGCGCAUAACAAGUUCACCAUACUAACCCAUUCACGAAACGCCAAAAUUUGGAAAUAUUCAUGUUCGCUUGGAGCAUGA